GAAGGUCAUUUGGUCUCUUGCUUGGGCAGAGAAUACUCUCCAAAAUCUCAAACCACCAUAAAGCAGAAACCUUUUGAAAACUCUUCCUUCAUAAAACAAUGCAUAGGCUCGUCUCUCUCAGACUUGCCUCCAAUUUCUCAAAGAAAAACACAUUCUCUCUUCAGUCUCAUCCCUACAAAUCCGUCUCUGGUCUCACUAGACCAGCCUACCAAGACCCUGUUGUUGGCUCCUCUCUCACCAACCCAUUUCACCAUUUCCGACCAUGUCAAUCGCAUCACAGUCUCUCAUCAGGGACUACUCGUGGGUUUCUAUCGAACACAUUGCUCGUAAAGCAGUUCUUGUCAUCAAAUACACACUUGAGGGUCUCAAGCAGAGGUCUCAAUGAUUUCAAAGUCGGAUACUUGAGGGCUCAAUUUCGUAGAGGGAUUUCCGGGUUCGGUUCUGGAUUCAACAGGCGGGGCUGGAAAUCAUGGUUCCACCAACUAAAUGCUAAUGACGCAGUUUUUGGCUUGAUUGUUGCAAAUGUCGCUGUUUUUAUGUUAUGGCGUAUAGCAGAUCGAAGAUUUAUGGUGGAAAACUUUAUGAUUUCAUUGGACAAUAUCAAAAGUGGGCGGGUGCAUACCAUGAUAACUUCUGCAUUCAGUCACAUUGAUCUUGAGCACAUCAUAUCCAACAUGAUUGGACUUUACUUUUUUGGGAUGAAUAUUGGAAGAACUUUUGGACCUGAAUUUUUGUUGAAGCUGUAUCUGGCUGGCGCAAUUGGUGGCUCCGUGUUCUACUUAGUUCACCAUGCCUUAAUGGCUUCUUCAUCAAAGGGUCAAGGAAUGUCGGCAUUCGACCCUUCAAGGACUCCAGGACUGGGGGCAAGUGGAGCUGUAAAUGCAAUCUUGCUGCUUGAUAUAUUCCUACAUCCAAAAGCUACUCUAUACUUUGAUUUCAUCAUACCAGUUCCAGCUAUGUUACUGGGGAUCUUCCUUAUUGGGAAGGAUAUACUGAGGAUAAUAGAGGGAGAGAGUAAUAUUUCAGGAUCAGCACAUCUGGGGGGUGCGGUGGUUGCAGCUAUUGCGUGGGCUCGAAUUAAGAAGGGGCGUUUCUGAAUCAUUCGAAAUAUAAGCAUUUGUCGGUCAAUGUUAGCCAGGAGGAUUUGUUCAGGAUUUUUCUUUUCUAUUCUUGGUGAUGCCCUUUAUAUGAGUAAGCCAGUUUCUUCUCUUUUGGGUUGAACCUACACAGAGUUCUUCUUUAUGCAAAACAGCACUCAUUUCCUUGGAAGCUUAUAGUUAUGUGAAGUGAUUCAAUUCAAGUACUAUGAUCUCUGAUUUUC